AUGAUUUUACAACAUGAACAAGAUUUGCGAUCUUUGAACAGAAUCUAGAAGGAAAAAUAUCAUUUAUAUCGUUUUCCGAAUGAAGACGAAUUCCAUAUGAUUGAGAUAAAUUUAAACACACCAACUGCACCAGACGGUAAAGAAACAAAUUAUUUUAGUAAUAUUAAAUUUACAAAAUCCGAGGAUUCUGGCUUCCCUUACGGUUAUUAUGAGAAGAAUAAUGACAUUACAUCAAAGCAACAAAAUGCCAUGAAGUACACAGCUUUUCACAGUGGAGCGGCUAACUUUUUCAGCAACAAUGAAAUGCUUAAAACGUCCAAAAUAAGUUGCCUUCGCCAAAUGUAUUGUCCAGAUUGCCAGGAGCGUUUGGAUGCAGAAAGUGUACAUUUCGAAAAACUAUUGACUUGUUGCUUACCCAUUUUUCCGAUUUAUUAUUGUUGCGUUAAUAGGCAUAUCAACCGAAAAGUGAUCUGUAAUAAAUGCGGUUGUAACUUGGGUUACUGGAAGCGUUCCUGA